AUGCGCUGGGCAGUUGUUUUAAUGCCUUUGUGUUUGUGUACUCCUGACGCUACGCCACCGUACGAAGACGAUGUGAAGGAUAUCGGGUCAUUAGCGGAUGACGAAGGAUACAACAUUGCAUCGGAAAUUCUUAGAAAUUCCAUAAACUUUUCGGUAAAUCCAUGCGAGGAUUUCUAUGAAUUUACUUGUGGCAACUGGAUAGCUAGUCAUCCGAUUCCUGAAGACAAAAUCAGCUACGAUCAUUUUCAGAUUCUCAAGGCUAAAGUGCAGGAGCAAUUACGAGGUUUGUAUGAAUCAAACGACACGUUUGGAUCAAAAGCUGUUAAUGCUUUGAAAACCUUCUACAAAAAGUGUAUGGAUAAGGAUGAAUUAAACCGUAUCGGUGCUAAGCGACUGAUUGAGAACGUCAAGAGUUUCGGAGUUUGGCCGGCUUUAGAAGGAGACGAUAACUGGAAGGAGGAGAAUUACAACCUGACUUCGCUGCUAAUCCACGUGUAUCUUCGCCGUCAAGUCUUUGCAUUUGUCACUUUUGAUAAAAGUAAAGAUGACACGAAAAUUCGACAUAUCCUCCAGUUCGAUCGAGAUGAACUCUUGGGCGGAGGAUAUUACUACUACCUGGGUGAAGAAAAGAAUGGAACCCAAAUUGAAUCGCUAAAACACUUUCUUAUUAGUCAGAUUGAGCAAAUUCAAAAGGAUGGUGGAAUGCCCACCAACAUAUCGAAAAUUGAAAAAGAUGUAGACGAAAUCAUUGAUUUGGAGAUGAGAAUGGCGGAGAUCAUGUACGCAGACGUGAAUGACACCAAAACCGUGCGUGGUUUUCAUUUGAGCGAUAUGCAAGAAUUUAUGCCAACUAUCAAUUGGCAGCAAUUCUUCCGUGCUGUAGCUCCUUCUGCUUCUCAUUACUUCGCUUCAGAUCCAGAAAUUCUCAUAAACGAUGUUGAUUAUAUAAAAAGUAUAAACAAACUUUUGCAAUCAGUGGAUCCUCGUAUAAUCACGAACUAUAUCUUUCUGCGGUUUUCUCGAGAAUGGUUAGACGAAAUGGGAGAUGUAUAUGAAGACAUUGAACAGGAAUUCAAUGAAGUCGCACAUGGGCAAGAGCAAAAAACACUCCGAUGGAAGGUUUGCACUAACAGCGCUAUGCAUUAUAUGGAUUAUGCAACAACAGCGUUAUACGUAAAAAAAGAAUUGCAUGAGACUACAAAGGAGGACGUACUGGAGAUUGCCAAAAACCUUAAGGAAGAAUUCGGCAAGAACCUAAACGCCAUCGACUGGAUUGAUGAUGAAACUAAAGUUGAAGCUUUGAAGAAGUUGGAUAAAAUGCUGCUUGAGAUAGCUUACCCAAAAUUGGCUCUAAAUAUUGAAGAGCUCGACAAGUACUACGCCAGCUUGGAUGUGCGUGACACGGAUUCGCUUAGUGAAAUAAUGGAAAAAAUAACUGGAUGGCGAAUCGAUGACUUUUUCAAACAAUUAAGGAUGGUUUCAGAUCGAAUUGUAUCCUUCAACCCAGCCGAUGUUGAUACAGUACAAUACGCUCCGGAAAGCAACUCAUUGCAAAUUGCGGUCGCCAUUCUUCAAACUCCCUUUUUCCAUCACACGUUCCCUAGAGCGUUAAACUAUGGAGGUAUUGGAGCUGUCAUCGGGCACGAAAUGACACACGGCUUUGAUAAUAAAGGAAGUUUCUAUGAUGCUUAUGGCAAAGAUCGCAAAUGGUGGAGUGAAGACUCAAAAGAAAAAUAUAUGCAGCGAGCUCAAUGUCUCGUCGACCAGUACGGAAAGAUUGAGAUACCAGGAACUGGUCUCGAAAUUGAUGAACUACCAAAAAAUGAUCUCAAAAUUGAUGGUAAGUCCACUCUGGGAGAAAAUAUUGCUGACAACGGAGGAGUGAAGCUAGCGUAUGGGCAUGGUGGUGAAGAAGACAGGAUCAAAGGUCUUGAACAAUUCGACAACAAUCAGAUGUUUUUCUUGGGCUGGGCUACGAUCUGGUGCGAGCAUUCAACGAUUUCGACACUGAAACUCGAAAUUUUCAUGGAUGUGCAUUCCCCAAAUAGAUACCGCGUCAACCAAGUGUUGGCUAAUCAGCCUGAAUUUGCAGCUGCCUUCAACUGUGAUGUAGGCAGUGCCAUGAACCCCACCGAGCGUUGCCCUCUUUGGUAGACGUGAAAUAACAUCAAAUGGAUCCUUGUUUUACGUUUAAUAGCGUUUUUCAACACUUCAAGGAUGCAAAAGGACAGAAUUGU